GCGGGGUUCUUAGGCUCCGCCCUGACGCGGCCUCGCGGCAGCUCUAGAAAGCCUGUCAGCCAUCACCGGAGCGGCCGGCGUCUCCUCUUGCCCAGCGCAGCCAACUCGGCCCACACGGGGCACUCGGGGUCGCCGCCGCCGCCGCCGCCGUCACCGCCACCGCCACCGCCACCCUGAGUUCUUACUGGAGGUGGAUAUCUUUUUAUAUUGUAAGAAUUAUAAGAGCUCUGAGAGCCUACUUUGAUGAUAUAAUGGAUGAACCUUCUCCCUUAGCCAAGCCUUUGGAGCUGAACCAGCACUCUCGAUUCAUAAUUGGCUCUGUAUCUGAAGAUAACUCUGAGGAUGAGAUCAGCAACUUGGUGAAACUGGAUCUGUUGGAGGAGAAAGAAGGAUCUUUGUCACCAGCUUCUGUCAGCUCAGAUACUCUCUCUGAUUUGGGACUCCCAAGCCUACAAGAUGGCUUGGCCUUACACAUGAGGUCCAGUAUGUCUGGCUUACAUCUAGUGAAGCAAGGCCGAGACCGGAAGAAAAUAGACUCCCAGAGAGAUUUCACUGUUGCUUCUCCAGCAGAGUUUGUUACUCGUUUUGGGGGAAAUAAAGUGAUUGAGAAGGUUCUCAUUGCCAACAAUGGCAUUGCUGCAGUCAAAUGUAUGAGAUCCAUCCGUAGGUGGUCUUAUGAGAUGUUUCGAAAUGAACGUGCAAUACGUUUUGUUGUCAUGGUGACACCUGAAGAUCUUAAAGCAAAUGCAGAGUACAUUAAGAUGGCAGAUCAUUAUGUACCAGUGCCUGGAGGACCAAACAACAACAACUAUGCAAAUGUGGAAUUAAUUCUUGACAUUGCCAAAAGGAUUCCAGUGCAAGCAGUGUGGGCUGGAUGGGGCCAUGCCUCUGAAAACCCCAAGCUUCCAGAGCUCCUCUUAAAGAAUGGCAUUGCCUUUAUGGGACCUCCAAGCCAAGCCAUGUGGGCUCUGGGGGAUAAGAUCGCCUCUUCCAUAGUGGCUCAAACUGCAGGUAUCCCAACUCUUCCCUGGAGCGGCAGUGGUCUUCAGGUGGACUGGCGAGAGAAUGAUUUUUCAAAGCGCAUUUUGAAUGUUCCCCAGGAUCUGUAUGAAAAAGGUUAUGUGAAGGAUGUAGAUGCUGGGUUGCAGGCAGCUGAGGAAGUUGGUUAUCCAGUUAUGAUCAAGGCCUCAGAAGGAGGAGGAGGGAAGGGAAUCAGAAAGGUUAACCAUGCUGAUGAUUUCCCUAACCUCUUCAGACAGGUUCAGGCUGAGGUCCCUGGCUCCCCUAUCUUUGUGAUGAGACUAGCUAAACAGUCUCGUCACUUGGAGGUGCAGAUCUUAGCAGAUCAGUAUGGAAAUGCAAUUUCAUUGUUUGGUCGUGAUUGCUCUGUGCAGAGAAGACACCAGAAGAUCAUAGAAGAAGCUCCUGCCACCAUUGCAACUCCAGUGGUAUUUGAGCAUAUGGAACAGUGUGCUGUGAAGCUUGCCAAGAUGGUAGGUUAUGUCAGUGCUGGGACUGUGGAGUACCUCUACAGCCAGGAUGGCAGCUUCUACUUCUUGGAGCUGAAUCCGCGGCUGCAGGUGGAGCACCCUUGUACAGAGAUGGUGGCCGAUGUCAACCUUCCAGCGGCACAACUCCAGAUUGCCAUGGGUAUUCCUCUGUACAGAAUUAAGGAUAUCCGAAUGAUGUACGGGGUCUCCCCCUGGGGAGAUGUCCCCAUUGAUUUCGAAAACUCUGCUCAUGUUCCCUGCCCCAGAGGCCACGUCAUCGCUGCUCGGAUCACUAGUGAGAAUCCUGAUGAGGGUUUUAAGCCCAGUUCAGGAACAGUCCAGGAACUCAACUUCCGCAGUAAUAAAAAUGUCUGGGGCUAUUUCAGUGUUGCUGCUGCAGGUGGACUUCAUGAGUUUGCAGAUUCUCAGUUUGGUCACUGCUUCUCUUGGGGAGAAAAUCGAGAGGAAGCCAUUUCAAAUAUGGUGGUGGCUUUGAAGGAGCUCUCUAUUCGGGGAGACUUUCGUACUACUGUCGAGUACCUGAUCAAGCUACUGGAGACAGAGAGCUUCCAGCAGAACCGCAUAGAUACUGGCUGGCUAGAUAGGCUGAUUGCUGAGAAAGUCCAGGCAGAGCGUCCUGAUACUAUGUUGGGGGUUGUAUGUGGGGCUCUCCAUGUGGCAGAUGUGAGCCUUCGGAAUAGUGUCUCCAAUUUCCUGCACUCUUUAGAAAGGGGUCAAGUCCUUCCUGCUCACACACUUCUGAACACAGUUGAUGUUGAACUUAUCUAUGAAGGGGCCAAAUAUGUGCUGAAGGUGACUCGGCAGUCUCCUAACUCCUAUGUGGUGAUUAUGAAUGGCUCUUGUGUGGAGGUGGAUGUGCAUCGUCUAAGUGAUGGAGGAUUACUUUUGUCCUAUGAUGGUAGCAGCUAUACCACAUACAUGAAGGAAGAAGUGGAUCGAUACCGUAUCACAAUUGGCAACAAGACCUGUGUAUUUGAGAAGGAGAAUGACCCAUCUGUACUACGUUCACCUUCUGCUGGAAAGUUAAUCCAGUACAUUGUGGAGGAUGGAGGCCAUGUGUUUGCUGGCCAGUGCUAUGCUGAGAUUGAGGUGAUGAAGAUGGUGAUGACUUUAGUAUCAGUUGAAUCUGGUUGUAUCCACUAUGUCAAGCGACCUGGAGCAGCCCUUGACCCUGGCUGUGUGCUUGCCAAACUGCAGCUGGAUAACCCCAGCAAGGUUCAACAGGCUGAGCUACAUAUGGGAAGUUUGCCAAGGAUCCAGAGUACAGCACUCAGAGGUGAAAAGCUUCAUCGGGUUUUCCAUUAUGUCCUGGAUAACCUGGUCAACGUAAUGAAUGGAUACUGCCUCCCAGACCCUUUCUUUAGCAGUAAGGUAAAAGAUUGGGUGGAGAGAUUGAUGAAAACCCUCAGAGACCCCUCCCUUCCUCUCCUAGAAUUGCAGGACAUUAUGACCAGUGUUUCUGGCCGGAUACCCCCUAAUGUAGAGAAGUCCAUCAAGAAGGAAAUGGCCCAGUAUGCCAGCAAUAUCACAUCUGUCCUUUGCCAGUUUCCCAGCCAGCAGAUCGCCAACAUCUUAGACAGUCACGCAGCUACAUUGAACCGGAAGUCUGAACGUGAAGUCUUCUUCAUGAACACUCAGAGUAUUGUGCAGCUGGUGCAAAGAUACCGAAGUGGCAUUAGAGGACACAUGAAGGCUGUGGUGAUGGAUUUGCUCCGACAGUACCUGCGGGUAGAGACUCAGUUCCAGAAUGGUCACUACGAUAAGUGUGUCUUUGCUCUUCGGGAAGAGAAUAAAAGUGAUAUGAAUACUGUGCUGAACUAUAUCUUCUCCCAUGCUCAGGUCACCAAGAAGAACCUUCUGGUCACUAUGCUUAUUGAUCAAUUAUGUGGCCGGGAUCCCACCCUCACUGAUGAGCUGCUGAACAUCCUUACAGAGCUGACUCAGCUCAGCAAAACCACCAAUGCUAAAGUGGCACUUAGAGCCCGGCAGGUUCUUAUUGCCUCCCAUUUGCCAUCCUAUGAACUUCGCCAUAACCAAGUAGAGUCUAUUUUCCUAUCAGCUAUUGAUAUGUAUGGACAUCAGUUUUGCAUUGAGAACCUUCAGAAACUUAUCUUGUCUGAAACAUCCAUUUUUGAUGUCCUCCCAAACUUCUUCUACCAUAGCAACCAAGUGGUGAGAAUGGCAGCUCUCGAGGUUUAUGUGCGAAGGGCUUACAUUGCCUAUGAACUCAACAGUGUUCAGCAUCGACAAUUGAAGGACAAUACCUGUGUGGUAGAGUUCCAGUUCAUGCUGCCCACGUCUCACCCAAACAGGUAAGCUUGAAUUUACAUGUAAUCCACAAACCACAGGGGGUUGAUAUAGGGGACAGGUGAAGAGUGUGGUUAGACGGCACUGAUCCACCUGUGCUCCUUUAGGAAAGAAGCAUAGGACAGAAAAGUAACACAUUUGAGCAGCUGAGGAACCAAUGAACCUUUUUUCUCUAAGCUUUGAUCCAGAGAGAGGUGAAAUAUGAUCUAAUUAAGAUAGAAGUUUGGUCUUGCUUUAUUCUUAAUCUAUUGUUGCUGUGCUCUCCCAAUUUUCUGGAGAUAAAAAGCUGUCUAACAUUUUGUUUUCAGGAACUGUACAAGGAGAUCACCUCUUUAACUUUGAGCUGCAUCUGCAAUAUAACCAGUAUUUUGGUGAAUUAUAUUCCUGCUCUUUGUUUAAAGUUGAGAUUGAUGUAGUAGCAUAAUACCUCUCUAAAAUCCAAGACCAUGAUUAUGACUAUUUAUGUUUCAUUUUGGAGAUCAGCUCUAUGAAAAUUUACAAGCCAGGCCAAACUUCUUAAAUUUAGGAAAAGUUUGUAAUCAGAACUCACUGCUUAGCUCUUCCUUUAGGAAAUCAUUAAAAAUAUACUUUUAGGGUAAUACUCCCUAACCAGUUUCUCUUUGCUUUAAAAUCAUAAUUAAUCCUCAUUCUUUUUAGCAAUUUCCUAGCAGCAAAGGUAAAAUAAUUAUACCUAAAAAAAGCCCCUUCUGUGUUUCAUCAUCUAUUAUGUACAAUCUUUAUGUUGCCUUUGUAAUUUCUUCUACUUUAUGGCCUUUAGUUCUUCCCUUGGUAUGGCAGGGUCUCUUAUCUUUGCAGUCCCUAGCUGAAGGCAUCUGAAAUGGUUUUGUUCUAAAUUGCCACUUCACCCAGAGCAAUUGAGCCUCUUCUGGGAGACAAAGACAUCUGUGUUGAGCCUUCAUGGCCACUGGAUGCCACUGUUGCUCCAGCCCCGGGCAGAAAGGGAGCACAAGAGACUUUAGCAAAGCACAGCUUCCCUUCUUUGUCUCCAUUACUUCUUUGCUUCAGAAUUACCUUAUUUCUAGGAGAGAAAGGCAUACAUCCCUGAUUUAGCCAGCAUCUCUUGGUACAUUUUUGCCUCUAUGGAUUUCAGAAUCUCAUUUUCUAGAAACGAAUGGUUGUCCUUCAGCAAGGGGCAGAGUCCUCAUAGCAUGUAGGGGCUCUGCUUUCUGUUUCCUGCAUUCCUUGAAUAAUUGGAUAGUGCUGCCUGCUAUACUUAAUGUUCUUUUAUAAUUCUCAAUACAUUCAAUUUUUCUUCUUGGCCUCCACUCCAGCUUCUCCUGUUGAGUAGUGAUUUGUGGUCAGAUAUUCCCAUGGUUCCAGGGUCGCCUCUGAUUUCCUACCUCCAUCUGUCCCCAUACCUUUUUCUGAGUUACUCUCCCUGUUCUAACCUUUUAUUUAAGGUGUAUGGCUAAGACAGACCAAUUGAAAAAUGAGAUAUUCUGCUUCAUUUCAGCAUUGAACCACUGUAUUCAGGAUUCUUUCAUUUCCUAGCCAUAUGCUUCUAGCGCAUUGCAGCUAGGUUUGGUUCUUGAGUUAGUCUAGAUAUGGCUUUGGAACUGAAAAUAAUCCUUGCCAAUCCUGAACAGCAUACAUUCAACGUAGUUUAUUAACAUAAUCUGUGCCUUCUUGCUUCUAAUGCAUGCACACACACAUAUGAACAUGUAUUUAAAUUGUAAUUGCGUAAUUUGUUAUAACAUCUGAAAUGAUGGCCCAGGAAUAGAGUGAUAGAAUUGUUUAAAACUUUGAAACUGGAAAAUUUUUUCUUUUUUCUUUUUUUGGUUGGGGAGUGUAUAUGCCAUAUUUUGCUAGUAAAAUGUUCAGCAUAUUAAAUUUGAUUUUGAAAGUAUAGUUUGGUCAGACCACCAUUAUAAAUUUUCUGAUUUAAUUUUAAAUUAAAAAAAAUUUUUAAACAAAUUCUUUAGAAAUGGACCUUUAAAAUUCAGUAACCAUUUAUUAUGUGUUUAUAUGUAUGAACACUGCUAUCCUGCUUUUUAUAUGUGGCUCACUUUUAAGAAAUCUACAAUUUUUUUUUUACUUGUUCAUAAGCUAAGUUCCACCAAAAAAAAAAAACCAAACACUUAAACCUUUAGACUCACACAUAUCUUUUCUAAGCCUUUGAAAGAGCAAAGAAGAGCAAUCAGAAUUUUGUUUUUGAUUUCCACAGAAAUAAAUGGUUGUUGUUAACAAUGCCUCCUCCAUUCCCAGUCCUCUGAGUUCUACCCAGGAGGACAGGAACAUGUUUACCCACCUCUAUGAACAAUCAACUUGACAAUGAAAGAGCUACUAAUUUCUUCCUUCUUUUUGUAAAAAUUCCAGUGCCACCUGGAGGCAGAACUGCAGAUUGUUCUAAGUUAGAAAGUUGAAUUGUACUGGUUAUUCUUGGUAUAUAAGAGUUGAACUAUGCUGAGGCCAGUUAGUUGUUACAUAGUUUUUAGAAAUUAUUUUGUGGGAGUGGAGGGCAUAUGAGGAUAUAUGAAUGCAUUUAACUUACUCUUUUUUAAAAGAAGCACAAAAAUUUUUCAGUUUGUAAAGAAAAAAAAGCCAAAAAAUUGAUUUCUCAAGAUUACCAAAUAAACAAAAACCAAGCAUACAGAUUCCCUCUAUCAUCUUGUUUUUCUGAGCCUGUAAUGCCUAGCCAGAAAUGCAUUCAGAGCAGUCAGAAACAUUGCCAGCAGGACCUUGUAAGUUGAGUAUGUUUUUGUUUUAAGUUAUACUAUCAUAGAAAAAUUAUAGUUUCCCUCCUCUUCAUAGUAUCACCUGAAGAAAUUCUCUUCUCCCCUUAAUAUAUUAGUUUGAAAGAGGAAAAAAAAUUCAUGCCUGGUAAUUAGAACUUCUCUGGGUUAGACUGAAAUAUGGCCUUCAGCUUACAAAUUACCAGUAACUUGGUAAUGCAUGUAGGUGCUAUGGGAAUGUAUUGUGGAUGCUGUUUGCAUUGAAGGUCUAGGUCCCCAUAGAGCCUUUCCUGGUCUUCAUUGGAAUAGAUAUAAGUUAGGAUAGUGUUAGAGUGUGGACCCACCUACUAAGAACAUUCUUGAGGAAUCAUGUUGGAAGCUUUACUUUGCUUAUAUUUUCUGUUUUAGUUUGCUGUACUUUCUUCUGCCUGCAUUAACUCUUUUCUAUAGCAUUUUUUUUUUUUGCCAAUCAGCAUCUGUUCUAAUCUCUGCUAGGUUUUUCACUCCUCAUUACAAAAUUGAAUGCUUUAUUUUCAACUCUGAGGCUCAUUUGCCAUUGGAACUAGGGUUCAAAGCCUUAUUCAAGUCAGAUUUUGGCCUUGUUAUAACCAUUUCUUCUUCAGUUGUCUUUACUUCAGGUUCUUAAAUGUUCCAAGUUACAGCUAAAGGGUGCCUUUGCAUAAAGAUUUCUGUGUCUCUUUUCCCAUUGUAAGAGAUAUAUUCUGCUUCGUGGUCUGAUCUCAAGGUCUAGCUGGCUUUGGUAUUUUUUUUAAGUUGUUUUUUUCCCCCCUAGUAUGAUCUGUGGUCCUAGUUAGUAUUUGGCACUUGUGAGGACACAGAAUGAGAUUCUUCAGUCAUUUUGCCAUCUAUAUAUCCCCUUUUUUGGUGCAUACUUUACUAGAGCAGCUGCUCUACACGAAGAGAGCAUUUUGCUAUUGCCCAGUCUUCCAAGACCUAAUUCGUCUUGUCUAAGAUUCCAUCAGCCCAGCUCUUUAGUGAGUUCAGCCAGUAUUUUACAUUGAUUAAUCCCAGAGCUUGGUCUGUUCCCUCCACCAUUUCUUGAUGAUGAGUGUUAGGAAUUGAUUCUUCCUUUCUUCUUCUUGUGAUUUAGGAUAGAGAGAGAGGAAGAGGGAAAGGGAGGAGUGUGUGUGUGCGCGUGCGCGCCUGCGCGCGUGUGUGCGUGUGUGUGUAUGUGUUAGCACCCAAACGAUUGUUGUUACACACCAGUUUUGGUGAUGUAGCAACUUUGUACACAAAAGGUUGGUUUGGGAUGUCUUCAUUUUCCCCAAUUGACUCUUGAAACUCAGGUAUAUCCUUAGCUUUGCAUAUAUUUGUUGUCUUAAAAUACCCUGGAAAAUUAAUAAUUUAUCAAUAGGUUGUAUUUUCUCCAAUAUACAUAUUUGUAGCUCUUUUUAGGUGAGUGUAAGUGUAAAGUGAUUUUUUACAUACAUUUACUAUUGAUAUGCACUCAUUAUUGUGUGAAGUACAUUGUAAAGACUUGCAUUGUUAAGUGUCAAAGGCCAAAAUGCCCUUACAGUGAACAAUGCCAAACAUCUUGCUUUGUUAUUUAUGUGUAUUUUUGCCUCUUAAUCUGUGUCAAAGAGGAAGCUUCACAGCUGACACCAUAGAUUUAUUCCACCGUGUUUGUAUGUUUAUUUCUUUGUGGAGAAGCCCUGAGUGUUGAUUUUCUAUCUUAUGCUUUUGUAAGUAGAAAUUCAUGAUCUAGUUAAGUAGAUUUUGAGGUGCACCUUUUCAGCUCUCUGUUGUCUUCUGAUUCAGACACUUUCCUCACCUUUUUCCUGCAGAAGUGGUUGGCUAUCCCCCUGCUGCUGGCACAUACCAGAGGUCAGGCUUUUGGGUGCUAAAUUUACUUAAUUUCUCAGCUAUUUGUUAAUGGCCUCUGAAACCUCCUUCAUAUCCAUGGGGAAGGUUAGAAACCAAACCCCUUUGGUGUGAGUUAACAUCAGGUAGAUCACUAUCAUUUUAGAGAGAUUAUAUAAUUUUUGAUUUCUUGGAGGCUCUUCACUUCUUUAGAUCGUGUUAGGAGACUUUAUGUCCAAUUAACUUGUAGUUUUUCAUAAUAAUGGGUUGCAUUACUUGUAGGCUGAAAGGGCUGAACAUAAAUGCGUCCUGCAGUGCUUGACUCUUCCAUGCACAGUAGUCUGUUGAUGAGAUGCAGGCAUCCGGCAUAAGGGAAACUUCUCAGCAGGUUUAAGUGCUUACCCAAGUGCCCUUUGGGAUCAGUUGCUCAACUUCUGGUUUCUGGUUUGUUAUUUUGGCACCCUAGCUUACAAAACUAGAGAGUUUGGUAUAGAACUUUGGCAUAUCAUCAGGUAGCUCAAGGUUCCUCCUUGUUGAGGAAGGCUAGCUCAUUUUAGGAGGGAAGGAAGAAGCAGAAUCCAGGGCACUUGUAAAUCCCUGUAGUUUCAUGCUGUGGAUUUUUGGCUAAUUAGACAGCAGGCAACAGUAAUAUGUUGUAGCUCUGUUGGCUUGUCUGCUUCAGAAAAGACAGGAUCUUCCAGUGUAGCAAAGAUGGAUUCUAAGAGAGACAGAAAGACCAAUGAUGAUUUCCUUCCAAACUGUAGCUUAGCAAUGGAUUCAGGGCAUCUGAGCUGUAAGAGUAUAAAGAGAAAAAAAACCCAAUAGGAAUACGUUGUCUAAAUUGGUUUUAUAUAGUACCUUGUUGGAAUUUUCCAUCAGACAUGUAGGAACACAAGAAGAACAUCACUGAUCACAGCCAAAUUGAUUUUCCUUCAAUACUCCUGUUGGUGGUUAUUCAUUUGAUCACUUCUAAUUCUUCUUUGCUACCUGAUAUCAAAAGACUUGCUUCACCCUAACUCUCAAUCCCAGCUUGAUAUAACUAGAAACUUUUUUAAGGUAGGAAAAAGUUAUAGUAAUAUUUUUAUAUUACAUGACUUAUGUGGGUCCAAAAAGAACUUAGUAAAAUUAAAUUAAGUUAGAAUUGGUGGGAAAAAAACUCAGAAAAGCUAUAAUUCCCUAAAAAGACAGUGUUUCUUAUGUCAAGAAAGUUUAGCCAGCAGAUAGCAUCCCUGAGUUUGUAUUCAUGUUGAAGCAGGAUCGCUUCUCCAACCAUAUGAGGCAGGCAGAUCAAUAAAAUCAAAGACAGAAUUCAAAUAUCUCUGUUGUCUGUCUUUGAGGUCUAUAACAGCAUUUCAUAGCUAUCCUUAGUGAUUGAGAAUCUGGAAAAUUCUACAAUUGCCACAUAAUUUGGGACAUUUUCUUGCCCCAUAUUAGUGCAUAUGAUAAACAAUUCCUAAAACAAGGCAGUUAGGCACACUCUACAUGAGAGAGAGAAUUGCUCCUAAAGACAAUUUUAUAUUUUGUUUUCAUUUUCAUCUCUGCUGUAGUAGAUACUCAGCCUUCAUCCUAAGGAGAUGUAGAAUGAAAAAGCAGUGACAUCCCAAAGUGUGGGUAAGGUCUAAGAGAAGUUACACUUCAAGGGAUCUAAUAAAGGUGGUACAAUUGGAAGAGAUUGCACCAUGAUCAAAACUGCAGAGGUCUGGAUGAAUCAAGCUGGAAGUUAUUUUAGUUGUGGAGUGCUUCUUUUCCUAUUCUGAGUUCUGACUAUGAAACUAUGAAACUACAGGUUAAUCUUCUGCAGACCUUUUUUUGCUUUGUCAAGGGCAGAUUAACCUAUGUUUUCAUUUGCACGCUGGCAUUGCAUCUUUAUCUGGCCAUUCUUCACUGGUAUUUGGUACUGUGUGCUCCCUUUCUCUGGGUCAAGUGCUCAACAACCACUUUUUUUAGGACAAAAAUCAUUCCCAUAGGAAUGAGGCUCCAGGAGAUUGGGCUCAUCACAGAAUUACAGGUUCUUCUUCAGCUACUCAUUCUAUGAAAAGUUACUCUUGCUGUCUUAGGAAUUCAUUUUGUGUUGUACAUUUGAUGCACAGAGCAUUACUAGCCACAAAUCACAUGCAGUUGUAUUGCUUGUGUGCAGUGAUAUGUCACUGGUUUUUAUUUAUAUAUCCAGCUCAAUCUAUGCAUUUCUUUCACUGCCAAAGAACGUGCAUCAUUUUCUUCCCUCUAUCCUCCUACCCACAUAUCAUCAGCACCACCCACUAUGUUCUUUCUGCCCAUUAAGCCCUUUAUGUGCCAGAAAAUCCCAACAGUGAAUUAAGGGCAAAUAGAAUCCUUUGCAUUGUCAUGGGAGAGUGUUAGAGGGAUGAAGUAUCAAUGAGUCAUUCCUGGCCACACCUCAAAAAGGUGGGUGGUAAAUAUCACUUUGUCUUUAGAAUACUGGAGAACAUGACACACUUUAUCCAUUUGACAAGAUAACCAGCAUAAGAUUGUAUUUGGUAUUUACGUAAGUAUCUAAGGUCCUUACGUUUUCAUUUCCACUUCUAGUUCUAAUCUCUUAGUUUUGAUUCUGGCACAUUGUUGAUAAAGAUAUUCUGAUAUUCACCACAUUUGUGUUCAAUGACAUUUUUUUUCCUUAACGUGACUAAGAGCUUAGCUCCUCAUAGUUAAGCCACAGUUAUUGCCCUGGGUCCUUUUACUGAUUAUUCCAUUCUUUUACAAUGUUGUAUAGUUCCCUGUAGUAUUUCUAUAUUCUCCUGGCUUCUUUUAAGGACCUGUAUUCCCACAGUUUUUCUUCACCGCUUUGGGAAGAAGUGUGUUAAUUGGAGGUAGGUAGGUAGAAGAGAUAACUGUGAACCUGAACCUUUCAAUUACUUCCCUUUAAGAAUGGCCUGUUUGCUUGUCACUUGUACCUAGAACAACAGGCAAAAAGAGAGGUAUUUGCCCAGGGCUUCCCUAUUAUUCUAUUCUUUCUAUAAAUCUUAGUAGAAGGGUAUUUUCUAGAGGCAUUGUUCAUCUAUUUUGCAAGUACUCAUAAUCAUCGUGCCUAAGAGUUUUUGUUAUGGCCCUAACAUAGUUUAAAUGAGUUUGCUAUAGUCCUAUGUUUUACCACAAUAUGGUAUUAUUCUUGGUAACAGAACUUUAGGGAAAAAAUACAUUCCAUGUAAUCCUCUAUACCAACAGCUGCUGUGGUGAGCUAGGUCAGGAGGCGUGGCUCUUUUGAGGCACUCCAGAGGUUAUGGGGUAAUGAUUACUUAAUUAAGUCUGAUGAAUACCAGAGCUGCCAAACAGGAGCUCUUUGCUACUGGUCUGUAUCUACUAUGACAAUUCUUUUAUUAUAGCUUUCACUAACCUAUCAGUAACUAACUGUGGUUGUUUAA